CCAUGAGGAACUCUAUUCCAGUCGUCCAUACGGAGCACUUGAUUCUGGCUUCAAUAGUGUGGACAGUGGAGACAAAAGAUGGUCAGGGAAUGAACCAACAGAUGAGCUCUCAGAUCUCCCGUUACGUGUGGCAGAGAUCACUAAAGAACAGAGACUGCGAAGAGAAAGUCAGUAUCAAGAAAACCGAGGGAGCACAGUCGUAACUAAUGGUGGAGUGGAACAUGAUCUUGAUCAGAUCGACUAUAUUGAUAGCUGUGCCACAGAAGAGGAGGAGGAAGAGGUGAGGCAACCCAAGUGCAUGGACUCAGACAGCCUCAGCUCACAAUUCAUGGCAUAUAUUGACCAGCGGCGAAUCUCUAACGAGAGUUCACCAGUAAAGCCUGUAUCUGUCAGAGAAUUUCAGAGAACAGAGGAUACAAGACGAUAUUUACAUCAAAACAGACCCCCAGCUGAUUCACCUUACUUUCUAUCAAGUCACCACAGCCAGGUGCCUAAUACAGAUCCUGAGCUGCAUCGCAGGCACAUAGAGCGUACCCGUCGGGAGGCCCAGCUAGCAGCACUUCAGUAUGAGGAAGAGAGGAUGAGAACAAAACAGAUCCAGAGAGAAGCUGUUCUUGACUUUGUUAAGCAAAAAGCAUCCUUAAGUCCUCAGAAGCAAAGUCCCCUGGAUAGUGAGUGUCCCUUUCCAUCCAGAAGGUCUCAGCAUACUGAUGAUAGUGCCUUGUUAGUGUCGCUCUCAGGGUUGAAUCAAGAAAGCUGUGCUACUACCCUGCCUAAUGCCUCUACCUUCAGUCCUGUCAAGAGUGAUGACAGAUCUACCAUCUCUCCCAGCUCACCUACCACUCAGACAGUCCACCUUUCCCCUCCAUAUCCUGGCCAUGCAGCCCCGCCUUCCUAUAGAAACCCUUCCCAGCGACCUGAGAGUUUCCUUUUCCAAGCAGCUGUCAGGGAUGAAGCAAACAAAGCUUUUACUUCCUCUCAUACCCAUGCCUUGUCUCCUGCUAAUGAUUCUGCAGACCCUAGAGUAAGACAAAACUCCAAACAACGAGAGGAGGAGCUGGAGCUAAUAGAGCAGCUACGUAAGAAUAUAGAAUCACGGUUGAAAGUGUCAUUGCCCAGUGAUCUUGGAGCAGCUCUCACCGAUGGUGUCGUUCUGUGCCAUUUAGCAAAUCAUGUGCGUCCCCGAUCUGUUCCCAGCAUUCAUGUUCCCUCACCUGCUGUUCCUAAGCUUACAAUGGCAAAAUGCAGACGAAACGUGGAGAAUUUUUUGGAAGCUUGCAGAAGGAUUGGAGUGCCUCAGGAGCAAUUAUGUUUGCCUCUACAUAUUUUAGAAGAGAAGGGUUUGACACAGGUAGCUGUGACUGUCCAGGCGCUCCUGGAGCUGGCACCCCCAAAGCAGCAGCAACUUCACCACUUGUCUGCUGUGUAA